AUGAUCUUCAAAGGCUCCAAACAUGCAGUUGCGGUCGGAGAAGUCCUGCUGGCCUUGGUGCUCGCUUGGUCGCGUGCUGAAGAGUGCAGCUACGUCACUUUGCAGCAAGCCUGCCUGCUAGAUGGUGGGACGCUGUUCCGCGACGUUGCUUCCUCCGAAUGCACAACUACCACGACCUCAACCGUGAGUACCAGCACGGCCAGCACGAUGACAGCCACAACCUCCACGACAACCUUGAGCUUCUGGUUUAACUGCAGCGUAGCAUACAACAAUUGGGAGGUGGCCUGGUCUGACAUGAAGAAAUCCUGGUGCUGUUCCGAAGAGCAGCGGGGUUGUCCAUCAGGCCCAACCUCUACAACAACAUGGAUCUUGUGGUUCAACUGCAGCAUCGCAUAUGGCAAUUGGGAGCUUGCUUGGUCGGACUUGAAGAAGAGCUGGUGUUGUUCCGAAGAACAGCGGGGCUGUCCGCCAGUCUCCUCGACCACGAAGACACAAACCCUAACACGAAUAAGCACCAGCACUACCACGUCCUCUACUACGAGGUCCCAAACAGACACCAGGACCACCACGUCCUCUUCUACACGAACAUCCACCACAACCCAGUCAAGCGUCACCACAUCGGUGACUAGCACAACCACCGAAACCAUUUCCUUUGAUUGCUUCGCCGAUUACUACAUCUGGGAAGAUGCUUGGUCUCAGAAGAAGAAAGACUGGUGCUGCCUAACCAUGCUGCUCGGAUGUCCCACCACCUCCACGUUCACCAGCACCCAGACCCAGAUCACCUCAACAGCCACAUCAACACGCAUAAGCACCGCCACUUCAGUGAGCAUUGUGAGGAGCAGCACAACCAAGACCUCCUCACAGUCCGCCACCAACACUAUGGCGUACAGCACGGUAGGCCCCACAACCAGCACCGCAACAACCACCGAAUGGUUUGAUUGUGCUUCUGAUGCCCACAAUUGGGAACUGGCUUGGUCUGCUAAGAAGAAAGACUGGUGUUGUCGGUGGGAGCAGAUCGCCUGCCCCUCCACCACGGCAACCACUGCCACCCGUACAAGCGUCACAACAUCCUCCAGAUCCACAACCACAACCACGACUGCCUCCUUGACACGGACAACCAGUACUUCAUCCAGCAGGACAAGUUCAACCACAACACACACCACAUCUAGUGCAACUGCCACCACCACAAUCACCCAGUGGUUCGACUGCGACGCAGACUACAACAUGUGGGAACAAGCCUGGUCCGAUUUGAAGACCAUUUGGUGCUGCCAGCGGUUUGAGCGGGGCUGCCCCAGCACCACGUCGUCCACGCUCACCAGGACCAGUCGCACCUCGUCGUCCAUGACCACGUCGUCAACGUCCACGCUGGUGACAAGCACGUGGUCGACGACCACGUUUACGGGAACAAGUACCACCUCCAGCAGCAGUCAUACCACAGUCACUUACAGCAUCACAACCACUACGAUCACCACUGCGACAAUCACCACCUCGAUCUAUUUCGAUUGCAUUGCAGACUACUACAUGUGGGAGCUUGCUUGGUCGGACGAGAAGAAAGAAUGGUGUUGCCAAAGCUCUUUGCUGGGCUGCCCCCCGACGUCAUCGUCGACAGGCACCCUUACGAGUAGAACAACGUCCUCACGGUCCGCCACCACAAGCACUAGUACUUCACUGACACGAACGACUAGCACCCAGACCCACUCCAGCGUCACCAGCACCGCCACGAUCACCAGCUACUUUGACUGCGAGGCAGAUUUCGAGAACUGGCAGGAGGGCUGGUCAAGCAUGAAGAAGGCGUGGUGCUGCCGAGCAUUUUCCCGAGGCUGUCCCUCCACCUCUUCGACCACCCAGACUGAGACCAGCCUCACCACAUCAUCUUCAAGCACAAGUACAAAGACAGGCACCACUACAAGCUCCUUUGUGAGCACCACCAGCAGCAGCCGCACCACGAUCACGAGUACAACUUCAAUGUCCUCAACGACCACACUCACCUCCAGCACCGCAACGCAGAAGACUUCGACGGCGACGGUUUUCUUUGACUGCAGCAUAGCCUACCACAACCGGGCAGAGGCCUGGUCUGAUUUGAAGAAGGCUUGGUGCUGCCAGAAAGAACAGGUGGACUGCACCUCGACCACGGCCACCACCGAGACGCAGACCAACACUGCAACAACAUCAAGCAACACGGCAACAUCCACGUCGCAGUCCUGGAGUUCCAGUACCACAGGUACAGAGACAGUCACCAGCCAAACCAACACGGUGUCCUUUACCAGCACCCUGACAGCCACGGCCACAACGACCGAGCCGCCCGCGCUGUGUCGCCGCUUCUUUGCCGGCGUGCCACUGGUCGGCGGAGCAUGCCCGGGCAAGGACUCGGACCAAUGUCUCCUACCAGGCUUCGCGAUGGAGAACCCUGAAGGGCCCUGUGGGACACAGGACGCCCCAGCCGAGCUCCUCUGCCCUGCGGAGAUGUCUUCUGGUGGAGCGGUGUCUGCGGACCCCCCUGACUGCCGUGCUUGCGCCACACUCCUCGUGCAAGACUGGGAAUCGCUGGGCUACACGCUCUCAGGUGAGGUGAAAUGGGGACCAGAGGCGACCUGCCAGUCGGAUGAGUCUGUGAUCGAUGGCUACAGCGUGUGGCUCGUGGACGAGUGCGGCUCAAAGCUGGACCUGGUGGGCAACGUCACAAAGAAGGAAGACGAGUGGCUGCCAAGCAUGCUGGAAUGUUGUCACCCAUCCUGGUAUUCGCUCUUCGUGCACGACAUGAACUUGCCCGAAGCGGCUGUGGGCUUCCUGAUCCUCGCCUACCAGGCGGCCCUUGCGGGGCCCUUGCUGCCCAUCUUCCGCUCGAGCCCGCAGCUUAGACCCAGGGACAAGUCCCCGAAUGGUCCAGCUGCAGGGCGUUAUGCUCAUGUCGGUGUCCGACGUAUCUGUGAAACUUGGAUUCGCAUCAGCUAG